AUGUGCCUUGCGCGUGGAAGUGAGAAAACAGAUCUGGACUCACUCAGCGACAAGGGUGAGAUCAAGAACCCUUUAUACAGGAAGCCGAAGGAUGAAAAGAAUAUCGGCGGUACAAAGGAAGAUUCCAUCAUACCACAAGACGAGCAAAAAGGAGCUCUCAAUCAUUCAGCUUAUUCCAUGGACGUGAAUGAAGAUGAGAAGCUAUCAAAAGAAGCCUCUCGUGAGAAAAAGCGUGGAGAUUCGACAGAAGGGACGGAGGAAAAAAUACCCAAGAGAGAGGCGGCUUUGAAGCAGAAGAAAGCUCCAGGAAAUGUCAAAAAGACGAAUAUACCCGGUGCUCUAAAGAAAAGAAAGCAGUAA